AUGGAAAAGAAAAUCGUGGUGGGUGAGUGUGAAGCGUGUGAGCAGAUAUAGCCAGAUAAUUGUGGUGAGUCAGAAGUAAAGUUGUUGGGUGGAAUAUUCCGUUUCUUUCUUUGUUUAUUGACCUUUUCAGUUUUCAUCUGGAAGGGAAGCGUUAUCUGAAAAGUCAAGGAAAUUUUAGUGUGGGAAACUAAGGUUGUUGCGAGUGAUAACAAUAACAAUGUCAGGACCUGAAUGCUGCUCAAACCCACCAGUUCUGAACCCCAAUGGAGGAGCUGGCCACGUUGAAAAACUCGCUGCUCUCAAUUCCUACCUCACUGGCUCACCUGAUUCCAAUGUUGCCCUUCUUCUUAUCUCCGACAUUUUUGGAUAUGAAGCACCAAAUUUAAGGAACCUUGCAGACAAGGUUGCAGCUGCUGGGUAUUAUGUGAUUGUUCCUGACUUCUUCCAUGCUGAUCCCUAUAAUCCUGAGAAUACUAACAGGCCCUUACCUGUUUGGUUAAAAGAUCAUGGCCCGGACAAAGGAUUCGAAGAUGCAAAAUCCAUAAUUGAUGCUUUGAAAAGUAAAGGUGUCUCGGUUAUUGGGGCUGCUGGAUUUUGUUGGGGGGCUAAAGUUGUGGUCGAACUUGCAAAAUCCAGACUAAUCCAAGCUGCUGUGCAAUUACAUCCAUCAUUCGUCUCUGUGGACGAUAUCAAGGGUGUUGAUAUUCCAAUUGCUAUACUUGGAGCUGAGAUUGACAAAAUGUCUCCCCCAGAGCUUUUGCAACAGUUUGAACAAGUCCUAACUGCUAAACCCGGGGUUGAUUCUUUAGUCAAAAUAUUUCCUAAAGUGUCUCAUGGUUGGAGUGUGAGGUACGACAAGAAAGAUGCAGAAGCUGUGAAGGCUGCAGAGGAGGCCCAUCAGGUCUUGCUGAACUGGUUUGCUAAACAUCUUAAGUGAGAAAUGUUUAUAUGCUAAGAACAUGUACGUGUUUGGACUACAAAAUAAAACAACAUAGAAAUUGUGUGUGGACUUAUCUUCAUUUUCUGCUAGAGGAAUAAGGCUUUUGUUGUAACUUUGCUAGAUUCACCCCUUAAAAUUGUGAUGUGUUUGAGUUUC